AUGAAAUCCAACCUGCAACGGAUACCAUCAGAGCCCAUAGUCCUGGAAGCGGGGUCCACUAUCACUGAUCCUUCCCAAAAUUUGGUUACAUGGGCGGAUGAUGCAGAUCCGGAAAAUCCGAGUCCUUUAACUUCUUCAAUGAUUGCUCCGGCCACACCACUCAUCAGCAGGGAUUUGAACAACGAUUCAGACACUUUCUCGGUGCUCGUGGUUACCUUCUUCAUUCUUGGCUACGUGGUCGGAUCACUUCUGUUUGGCCGCUUAAGUGAGAUAUAUGGCCGCCGCCCUAUUCUCUUAAUCUCCACUUUCAUCUUCUCAAUAUGGCAGCUGGGUUGUGCACUGUCUACCAGUAUAGAGAUGCAAAUGGCAUUUCGUCUGUUCGCCGGCUUUGGUGGCUCUGGCUGCAUCGCUAUUGGUGGAGGCAUCAUAGCUGAUGUUUUCGAUCUCAAAGACCGUGGCUUGGCUGUCACAAUAUUCUCUGUAGGACCCUUGGUGGGUCCAAUUCUGGGUCCCAUUGUAGGUGCAUACAUUAGUCACGACCUGGGGUGGCGAGCGAUCUAUUACUUCAUGUUCAUCACGUCCAUGAUAGCAGAGAUAUUCACCUUCAUUGUGGUGAAGGAGUCCAACCCUCAGACUAUACUCUCUCACAAACGCAAUCAAUUGCAGAAGCUGACUUCGACACCUCUCUUCCUCGAGAAUGAGCUCUCUGCUAUCCCUAGCAAAUCGCCCAUCUUUGACUUGCUCGUCUCAACAUUUCUACCAUGGAAGUACAUCGAGUCUGGUAUCAUGGGCCUCAUGGUGCCUUUGUCUUUUUUCUGGUAUGGUUGGGCGGCGGACAAGCAAGUGCACUGGGCCGUCCCAGUAGUGGGUCUUUUGCCUUUCGGUAUCGGGCUGAUAGGUGUCUUUCUGCCCAUUCAGAACUACAUGAUCGAAGCAUUUCCGGAAAUAUCAGCAAGUGCAACGGCUGUCUUGGCUUCUUCGAGGAACGUUGUUGGAACAUUCCUACCGAUCGUUGCGCCAAGCAUGUGUGAGAUGCCCAUUCUUUUCGUCUAUUUCCUGGCAUCUUGA